GCGUCACGCGCCCUGCCAACCGGAAGUGUCGAAAGGCGAUUGUUGUUUAGGAACAGCGAAGGCGACGUUUUAAAUGUACAUUGCGUUCUCGACACCGUUUGGAGCUCGUCGUAGCGGUUCGCGGGACGUCCGUACAACACAGAAAUUCUCCGCUGAAUCAUGGCUGCGCUUUUUUAACCGUUUUUUCCCCUUCCGUGGCUCUUUCUUUAGCGCGAGCGCAGUGUUUCCUGGGGUUGCUAGCUAGCUAAGCUAAGCUAAUCGAAUGUAAACAACCAGAGAAUCAGCUUGUGCGUUCGGAGAAUAGAAGGCGAACCAGAAAAGUGCACCGGUGACAGCGAGGGAUCCGAUUUAUUACAUUCGUUUCGCGUGAAAAUCUCGAGUUGCCAUUGUUAUUGAGUGAAAAUAUAAGGGAUUGUGUGUAAUCUAGACGAGGACAGAAACCUCCCUCUCUUUGCUCCUAGCUGCAGUAGUUCAGGGAGAUAGUGUGAGGCAACUUCUGCACUGUUAUUUGUGGGCUAUUUAUAGCUUGCGUUUCGAUGAAAAACAUUCAAAAGACGUUUGUGAAAUACUUAGAGCACCUCUGUCACGUCAAAGAAUGAACUAAAUACAUGAAGAGAGUUUGAGCUACAAGGACGUAUUUGUUGGGGUGUUGAGUUUAAAGCUGUUGAAUUUUGGAGAAGCACAUCUGUCAUGGCCCAUCAGCAGAUGCCCAGCUCCCAGAAGGCCCUAAUGCUAGAGCUCAAGUCUCUGCAGGAGGAACCUGUCGAGGGCUUUCGCAUAACACUGGUGGCAGAAUCAGACCUGUACAACUGGGAGGUUGCCAUAUUCGGACCACCAAACACGCUUUACGAAGGGGGAUACUUCAAGGCUCAUAUAAAGUUCCCUAUCGACUAUCCGUACUCGCCACCAACCUUCCGCUUCCUAACCAAGAUGUGGCAUCCAAACAUAUACGAGAACGGUGACGUGUGCAUUUCCAUCUUGCAUCCUCCUGUGGACGACCCUCAGAGUGGAGAGUUACCCUCAGAGAGAUGGAACCCUACACAGAACGUCAGAACUAUCCUGCUGAGCGUGAUCUCGCUGCUGAAUGAGCCCAACACCUUUUCCCCAGCUAACGUGGAUGCUUCGGUCAUGUUCCGUAAAUGGAGAGACAGCAAGGGAAAGGACAAGGAGUACGCUGAGAUCAUCCGGAAGCAGGUGCUGUCCACAAAGGCAGACGCAGAGCGGGACGGCGUGAAGGUGCCCACGACGCUGGCCGAAUAUUGCAUCCAGACCAAAGUGCCUUCCCACAACAGCAGCUCUGACUUGCUCUACGACGACCUGUAUGACGACGACAUCGAAGAAGACGACGACGACGACGACGAAGCAGAGGCCGGCGGGCCGGCCGGGGACAUGAGCGCAGACUGCUAUGGUGACGAGGAGGACUCAGGGAACGAGGAGUCUUGAUGGCGUGACGCCGAAAUCCUCCUUCCAUCGAAACCCCACCCCAUUCCACCGUCCUCCACUAUGUGUCCGUUUAAGCUGCUGAUCUUUUACAGUUCGUCUGAAACCUCAUUUCUCCCUCUUGCACACUUGUUGUGUGAGGAAUAACCCUACACUGGGUUUUAAAGCCCUUGUAACGAGCCCCGGCAGAGCCUUUCAUGCAAGAACAACACUCGAACACCAAUUUGAUCAUUCUCUCUUAAGUAAAAAAAAAAGAAAAAUGUUUUUAAGGUAGAUCUCUUUGUCUGGAGUUUAAAUAAUGUCCGAUCGAGAACUUAAAAGAGCGGUAAUAAAAAUUAUGUUUCCUUUUUUUUUUUUUACCGCAAAUGUAGUUGAUCAGUUUGGUGAAUUGGUUUGGAUCAGUGCCGUUUUAGACUAUUGUAUAGCACAAAGUAACGGCACACAGUUUUGCAGAUUAGACUCAGUUUGACCUUCUCUAAUCUGUAAACAUUAAGAAAAAAUCCCAUCGUACAGUAGACGAACAUCUGCAUCAGAAAACCAGAAUUUGUUUGAAAUACUUUGAUACCACUUUAACUCUCAGGCACCAACAACCUGAAGAACAAAAACCCUGGAUCUUCUAUACAGAAUACAGUUCCACUGAAUUAUUAUUAUUAUUAUUAUUAUUAUUAUUAUUAUUAUUAUUAUGCAUCUUAAAGAUUUUUUCCGAAGCGACUACGUAAAGAUUUGCAUGUGCAUUUACGAAUUAGAUCACGGACUAAAACUUGACUUGCACUCAAAAACUCGUCAAAAACAUCAGAUACCAAACAGUCCUGUCUGAUCCACCACAUUUCAGGUAAACGUUCAUGAAUGAAUUCUUUCUUUAAACCUUCUUUCUUUAAGCAUCCAUCCUCCUCAGCCUGCCUCGAUACCUCAGGGCUUUUGGAUACUCGCGUCAUCCCAGUCCAGACAUUUCAAGCGUGUCUCAGUUAAAAAAAAUAAAUAAAAAAUUCCAUAGCAUUCUCUCAAAAAUCCAAACACUCACUCACUUUUUUUUCUACCUUUCCCUUUAUUGUUCCAGAAAUGUCAUUUAUCUAAUCCCUCAUGUUUUAUUUUUUUCAUCUCGAGUGCUCGAGUGUCACUCGAAUCACCUGCUGUCGUACCGGUAAGUAUUCGAGACAGAUGGAGGAAAAUGGCAAGAAAAAGGGUUUUGUUGCAUGCGAACCACAACCUUUUUUUUUCUUCUUCUUCUUUUUCUUUUUCUCAGUCUUUCGAGCCAUGCAAUUCUAGUGUCAAAGGUGGUAAUGAAGUUGCUUUCAGGUGCUACUGCAGUAUAAACGCAAAAAGAAUCGCAGCAUCAGCACAGACGCCGGGAUCUCCGCUAGAGACGGAUCCGAACGUCGCCAACAAGAUGCUUGGUUUGCAGACGUAUUAUGAUGAAGAUGCUGUUAAGUGAAUACAUCCAGAUUUUGGCCCUUUUUUUAAAAAGGAAAAAAAAGAGAAAUAUAAUACAAGAUUGUAGCUGGUGAUGAUUUAACUGUGCACAAAUUCAAAGUAUAUAUGCAUUUAGUUGCACCGUGGAUUGGUUGCACCUAACCAUCGCUGUUUUAUUUUCUCUCGCUUUUGAUUUUGUAACAGAACCCGAACUGACUUUGUUCCAGUAGGUUGACUAUGAACUUGAUUUUACCAGCUGUUCAGGUCUGAGGUUGGAGAUUACAGACUGCCAAGGAAGCCUUGAUGAGCCUCCUUCAAUCCAGGCCUAAACGUUUGCUUUUUUUCCCCACGAGCAUGCAUGUGUGUUUGUUUAAACGUGUCUUUAUGAAUUUAGGCACAAACCAUGAGCUCACUGACAGCCCGGGACGUGGAAUUUAACGCACUGGGGGUCUCAGGUACACCCCUGCUGAAUCCCAGCAAAUUAGCCAAGGACGCUGAUGAUGUUCCUGUUCAUAGGACACGUGUACAUUUGAAAAGUGGGACAACACUCAGCACUCUGAAAAUUAAUAGCUGGAGCUAACGGGCAACUUUUGAGCCUCUUUAUUGCUCAUGGAAUUUCACGGCGUGAAAAAAGUUUCCGUUAUCGGGAGACAUGAUAUUUACUUACAGUGAAUCGUCUAAAUGACUCCUCAUCCCUUCAAAAAAAAAAAUAGAACAAAAAAAAAAUGGUGACUGAUCAGCCAUGGAUUGUCUAUUAUACGUGUCAUGGAUGUGUUUACGGAAACGAUCACCACUGUUACGGAUCUCUCGUCACACGACACAGACACGAACUUGCAAUCCUUUACCAUGCCUUAUUAAGGAUGCAAAAUGAUUUCAUCAUGGUUUGCUUUCGGUUCUUUUUGUUUCUCUUAUUGUAGUGUUGUAAGAAACCGAACCACAUUAAACAAUUAUUCACUUAAGAAAAAUAAA